UAAAACAAAUUCUACCUUGGACCUUUUCAGAAGGUGACAGUCUAGGGGCACCCGGCUGACUCAGUCGGGUGAUCAGUCUUGAUCUUGGGGUUGUGAGUUCAAGCCCCAUGUUGAAUGUAGAGAUUACUCUCUAAACGAACAAACAAACAAAAAGAACCAUAAAGAUAUUUGCCCUUCCAAGCCUUGGGGAUAUUAAGAAUUGGCACAGAACCCUGGGACUUAACUUCAGGCGUCUGAAAAAGGUCUAUAGUUGGGGAAGAAGAACUUGGCUGGGCUUGGUGCCCGUGUUCCGUUUUUUUCCGUGGGAUGUGCCUCCCAAGUUGAUGUGUGCUCUAGCGUUUCCCCUCAAAAAAGUUACCUAAAUCUUUGCCUAUCCCGUUUGUUCAUCACGAGCCUGUAAUAGUUUUCUUCUUUCUUUUGGCAGAGGAGUGGCCGAAGUAAACAACUCCGUUUUGGGUGUUGAGUAGACUGUCAAUCGAGAAUUAGUGAAGCCAGGUUUCUGCAAACAACUCAGAACUUGUGGCUGGGCUUGGUGAAGUAGAGCUUUAGCGGUGGAAUGAGAGGGGACCUCUGAGGUGAUGGGGUCAGUGCCUAGGCCUCCUGGCCCCACCUCAGCUUGUACCUAACCUGGGACAUCCCUGGGGGUGACAGGCUGUCGAGGUUCUAAGAACAGUUCAGUAUUUGGAAUUCUAGUUGUUAGAAAGCUUUUCUGUGUUUAGUAGAAAUUAUUUUCAUCUAAUGUGUUCCACGGAUCCAGCUUUUAUCAGCUCCAGGAAUAGUAUAUACAUGGCAGCCUUUCAAGUAUUUGAAAAAAAUCCCUCUAUAUGUAUUCCUAGCAAGUGUUCUAGUUUUUAAGAUAAGUGUUUCUUUCAUUAUUCUGCCAGCAGGAGGUGUGGUUUGGUUCUGUUUUCUUUUAACCAAUGUGGUUGGACCGGCCCCUGUGGUUAUUAUGAUUGCAAGACACCUUUCAGCAACAACCAUCAGGAAACUGAAAAAAAUAAAGGUUUAUUACUUACAGAACCUGGAAAUUUUAUAGCAUACCUGGGGCCACACAGUGAGACGGGGAAGAGAGAGCUCUAGGGAGCACAGGCCUGGGUUUCUGCUUGUAUUGGGGUUGAGUGUGGGAGCCUAGGACUUCUCAGGCUUGCUCUUUAUUGGGGAAUAUAAAACAAAAGAGGGAAUGUAAAGCAUGGGAAGAGAAAAGACAAGUGGCCCUAAAGGUCUGUUAGGGAAAUCAACUAAGAUCUGAUCUCAAACAAAGGCCUGGUUCUUCAUGGAGUUGAGUGACAGGAGGCAAAGUGUAUAUUCCUCACCAAUCAAAACUUAAGUCAGGCCCUUGCAUUACAAAAAAGACAAACCUUUCAGGGCUGACACCACAGGGUCCUUUCCCCCAGCUCUUUUUCCACAUAAAAUUACCUUGUCCAUAUUUCCAUUAAGAAGUGAUAUCAGGUUGGAAUAUGGCCCUCCAUGUGGAGUCUGACAAACCCAGUGUAGAUUGGAACUGCACACCCCCAUUAUCAUGGCCUCAGGCUGUGUUGACCCAGCUAUGGUCUCCUUGGCUGUCCGUCAUGAGACCCUCCCAUGCCUGUUGCUGCUUAGCUGUCUUCCUCACUGUGCUCUGGCAGUUGGUUUUGGAGCAUUAUGAGACUAAGGAGGUCCUGUUGGCGUUACCCCAGAGUAGUGACCUAUAUUGGGGAUUGCAAAGUAUAAUCAAGUACAGCAUCCAGAAAUGAUUUCUCCUUACUUUGAACAAUUGGAUUUGACUAGAUUAUAGGUCCAUAUUUGGUUUGGCAAGGAUAUCUUUGAAUCUCUUGUUGGUGUUUUUGGGUGGUCUUAUGACCAGUCACAGGGGUGGUCAGGAAUAAGCAGUGAUUGUAUCCACUGUGAGGGAGUGGUAGAUGACCAGACAAAGUUAAUAUUCUCAACCCUGUAGAUGGUCACACGCAUCCUACCAGCGGCAACAGGGGGUUACCGCAUAGUUAUGUAGCCUGUCAUUUGGGGCAAAGAUUACCAACAUGUUGUGUUAAAGAAUGUUUUCCCUUUGAGAAUUUGAGGACAUAAGCCUUUGGCUAGACAGUCCUGGGUUUGAAUUCUAGCCGCCUCUUCAUGCACUGGUGUGUGAUCUUGAGCAAAAUAGCUGCUCGGUCCCAAUUUGUCUCAGUAUGUUGUGAAGUUAACAUGAACUCCUGUGACUGGCGGGUGGUGCCUGUAAAGAUUGUAGCUCUUUUUACUAAAAUGCUAGCUUUUGUAUAUGAAUAAGCUUUCAGAGUGAGGCGAAGUUGGAAAUAAGUGAUAGAUUACAUAGUAGAAAAUAAAAUGUGUCCAAUAUCUAGUUAGUGUUUGCUUUCUGAAGUUAGAAUGAUGGUAUUGAGCUAGAAUGGUAGAACAUUAGGAACAGAAUUAGAUCCACCAUGAAAGAUGCGUGGUUUCCAGCCCUUUUCCUAAAUAGACCUUUAGGCAGCAAACGCAACUCCACUUUUAAGCAGUGACCUAAAUUAUAAGAUGACUGUCCUAGACUUGGGAUGUAGACUGUAGCCUCAGAACUAAGUGGCUUAUUGAAGAUUAAACUUGACCUCAUUAGCACUUUAUCCAGUCGGCUAAGUUCACUGACUGUGGACCAUAACCUUACAAGGGCUCCAAAACAUCUUGAAAUGGCGUGAAAAGCUAGUAAUUGGACCAUCCUGGUGAUGUGGAAAGUAUAAUAUACAGCUCUAAAAUCUUGAUGAUGAAGAUGAACUGUUCCAACCGUGAAAUGUUAGAGCAUUUGUACUAAGCCCUAUGUUUUACAUAUUUUGUGUAUUUGUUGUGAGAGCUGAAGAUUUAUCAUGUGUUCAUUUAUUUUUAUUCCUGGGCAAACCUCUCCCACCACAAUUGCCAGUAGUGUGCACGGGAUAUGUGUACGGAAUCUCUUCCCUCAGUAUUUAUGCUUCUCAUUCUGCUGUUAGAAAUCCAGAGGAUUGUGAGGGGGAAAGCAAGGAUAAACUUUGUAAUAAUAAAUGUAGUAAAAUAUGUAAAAAUAAUAUAGUAUGUUAUUAUGGAAUUUGUCCUGAAUCAGAAAAUGUAUCAGUCUUUGUGAAGUCUGGUGUUUUUUGUUUUUUCCCAACAAUUUACAUCAGAUGUUUUGUAAAACAUUACCAUUUUAUGUGAAGUAAAAUCAUUCUUUCCGAAAGAGUUACAUGGGGUAGGUAUAAAAUUGGAGAAGAUAUUUUUAUGGUCAUGAAGAUGAGGUCCAUGUGAAUUAGGUGGAGGCACAUUGUAUGUUAGCAGGUGGCUCAGAAGGGUUCACACUGUUGCUUUUUCUUCUUGAAAGCAGUUGGGAAGAAGUGUUGCCUAAGAGAGAUCUUGAAGAUGGGAGGUGCUGUGAGUGCUGGUGAAGACAAUGAUGAGCUAAUAGACAAUUUGAAAGAAGCACAGUACAUCCGGACUGAGCUGGUCGAGCAGGCUUUCCGAGCUAUUGAUCGUGCAGAUUAUUAUCUUGAAGAAUUUAAAGAAAAUGCUUAUAAAGACCUGGCUUGGAAGCAUGGCAACAUCCACCUCUCGGCUCCGUGCAUCUACUCGGAAGUGAUGGAGGCCCUGGACCUGCAGCCGGGGCUCUCCUUCUUGAACCUGGGCAGCGGCACUGGCUACCUCAGCUCCAUGGUGGGGCUCAUUCUAGGUCCUUUUGGUGUGAACCAUGGAGUUGAACUCCAUUCGGAUGUAAUAGAAUAUGCAAAGCAGAAGCUGGACUUCUUCAUUAGAACCAGUGACAGCUUUGACAAAUUUGACUUCUGUGAACCUUCCUUUGUUACUGGCAAUUGCCUGGAGAUUUCUCCAGAUUGUUCUCAGUACGAUCGUGUGUACUGUGGGGCUGGUGUGCAGAAAGAGCAUGAAGAGUACAUGAAGAGUCUUCUCAAAGUAGGGGGCAUCCUUGUCAUGCCACUGGAAGAGAAGUUGACUAAGAUAACACGAACUGGUCCUUCUGCUUGGGAAACCAAAAAGAUUCUGGCAGUUUCUUUUGCUCCUCUGGUCCAGCCCUGUCAUUCAGAGUCUGGAAAAUCAAGACUUGUCCAGUUACCGCCCCUGGCCGUGCGGAGCCUCCAGGAUCUGGCUCGGAUCGCCAUCCGGGGCACCAUUAAAAAGGUCAUCCGUCAGGAGACAGUGAGCAGCGGUGGAAAUGGACUGAAGAACACUCCCAGGGCCAAGCGAAGGAGAGUGCGCCGCCGUCGCAUGGAAACGAUCGUCUUUUUGGACAAAGAGGUAUUUGCCAGUCGGAUCUCCAGCCCAUCGGACGACAACAGCUGUGAGGACUUGGAAGAGGAGCAGCGGGAGGAGGACCGAGCCCCGCCGCCAGACGCGAAGCCAGCCCGACCGGUGAACUUCCUACGUGAGAAGGUCCUGAGCCUCCCUCUGCCAGAUCCCCUGAAAUACUACCUGCUCUAUUACAGAGAGAAGAUACUGUGUGCAUGCAUACCUGGGAAAACAUGUCUGUUGCCCUAGAUUUGAAAAUGUAAUCCUUUGUAAAGACAGUUACUUCAUAGUCGUUUUUACCCUGCUUUUAACGGAAGGUCAAGCAUCCUUGUCUCAGAAGCGCAGAGUUUAUGUUUACUUGCGAUCACUUCAUAGUGUGCACAUCUUUGCUGACAUCAUUCUAAUUGAUAUGUAGCAAUCUCUGCAAUACGUGGACAUUUGGAGCAUAAUGUUAAACACGUGAUAUUUGUGAAGUCUGUUACACUAGGUGGCUUGACUAAGUUUUUUAAUUGUAUGUGGAUUUUAUUUUUUUUAAACCACAUUUGCCUUUAUGCUAGACUAUAAAAACUCUUCAUAAUGCAUAAGACAUGUUUUUCCCUAUAUAUGUCAAACCUUUCCUAACAUUUGUGUUUGUAUUUACAUGUUGUCAGUUUGUGAUGUUUAAACCAGAAUUUGGUUAAAAGUAUAUAUAGAUAUAAUAUAUGUGAAAUAGUUUGGUGUUUAUCUUAUACACGUCGACAAGAAUUGUAAAUGGGUUUUCCUGGGCUGAAGUGCCCCUCACCAGAGUCCAGUAUGACGCACUACUACUCUGUUUCCUGACAGGUGGAUUAUGUGUCGCCUGUAACCUCUAUAUUGUAAACCACAUUCUAGACAACUCUUGACAAAUUUUAUGUUUUGAGUAUGUAUUUCUGUAUGUGAUUUUUGUCUUGAAAGUAGUAAAGCCAUAGACAUGUGCAAAGGAAAUUAUCAAAUGUAUAAAUAUCAAGUAUGUAAUGUAAAAAUCUACUGUGUAUGUAACAAUGGUUUUGCGAGCCUGGACCUUUCAGGGAAUUAAUUCCAGAAAUUUCAAACAAAAAUUUUAGUGAGUGGAUAUACAUUGGAUAAAUACAAAGGAUAUCAAUAAACUUAGUUAUGGCACUUGGGCCUUCUUGGCAUGGCUUGUGUUUCCUGUGUGGGAUUGAAAUUCUUGACUACAUAUUUUCCAAAAAUCUUUAAAAAUAAACUUUUUCUUUAUUAUGA